GUUCCGUCGUGUGAUCCCCGUCUCGUUUCGUUUCGUUCCUCAUCUCAUCCCACCCCCACCAAACCAACUCCAACAAGCCGUCAUCAUGGUCCAGCUCCUCUCCGCAUUCGUCUCCCUCCUCUCCGUCGUCGCCGUCUCCGGCGCCGCCAUCCCGGCUCCUGCCCCCGAGGCUGUCGCUGAUGUUGCGCCUGAAACUGCUACUGUCGAGCCUACCGGCAACUUCACUGCCCAGGCCUGCAUGUAUACCUGCGGCUCAGUCUGCUACAGCUCUUCUGCCAUCUCUGCUGCUCUGAACAAGGGCUACUCUUAUUACGAGGACGGAGCCACCGCUGGAAGCAGCAGCUACCCCCACCGAUACAACAACUACGAGGGCUUCAACUUCCCCACCGCCAAGCCCUGGUACGAGUUCCCGAUCCUGUCGUCCGGCCGCGUCUACACUGGCGGCUCUCCCGGUGCUGAUCGCGUCAUCUUUGACUCCUACGGCAACCUGGACAUGCUCAUCACCCACAAUGGUGCUAGCGGUAACAACUUUGUUGCUUGCAACUAAGCGAUUGCCUUUGGGAUUGGGAUCGGGAAUAGGAGGGGAGACAAUAACCUUAUGAGUGGAUGAGAUGAUGGGAUGAAACGGAAUGGAACAAAGGGGACCGUAUCCUAGCGCCGGUAUCGAGCUGGACUGGACUGGACUGGACCUUGACGGGGCGCGUGGUGUACAUAGCCCAAGUGGUGUGUGCGAAUCCUGCUAGUCUGUACAUAUUGGACUUACCCUGCAGCGGAAGUUCGGUUGUUAGCAUUUUCAAAAGAGGGGAAAAAAGAGAUUCAAUACCCUACACAGCGAAUUAUCAUAUGGUUC